AGUCUUAAAUAAAUGAAGCCAGACACACGCGCCUCCUUGUGCAUACUCAAAAGCCGCGCUUUUUAUCACAACUGCUCCCUCUCUCUCUCUUCUGCAUUUUCUCCCUCCCUUGUAUGUUGUAAAUCAUACUCCACCACCGCCUCUUUUUCAUGUUUCAAUGGCCAAUCUCUACGAUGACAAUCACAAUCACUACUACUCUCCUCAUGAAUCCGAUGACAUUUCUCUUUUCCUCCACCAAAUUCUGCUCCGAUCUAAUUCUUCACCCUCGCAUUCUCACCAAUCUCAUCUCCUUCCCACCUCUGCGCCAGAACAGCAACUAGUUAGCCAGAUCACCGCCCUCAACUCCUGCUCCACCUGCGGCCUCGCGAAUGUUUCGCCGGAUGAUUGUGACUAUGAGAGCGAGGAAGCUGCGGCGGAGAAGCCGCGGUGCUCUACCAAGAGGACUAGGGCUGCGGAGGUGCAUAAUCUCUCUGAAAAGAGGAGGAGGAGCAGGAUUAAUGAGAAAAUGAAGGCGUUGCAAAAUCUAAUUCCGAAUUCAAACAAGACUGACAAGGCGUCGAUGCUCGACGAAGUUAUCGAGUAUCUCAAGCAGCUCCAGCUCCAAGUGCAGAUGUUAACAAUGAGAAAUGGGUUAAGCCUUUAUCCUAUUUGCGUGCCGGGUAUGCUGCAGUCCGAUCAGGUUUCUCAAAUGCGGGCGGAUGUCUAUGACACCAAUAAAUACUCAGAUGUAAAUAUGAUGAAACAAGUUAUCCUGGACCAGAACAUCUUAGCUGAUUCGCUUCUCAGGCUACCGGAAAAUUUUGUUAAGCAGGAGCUUGUGUCCGAUUUCUCAACUAUGCUCGGUUCAAAGACUUCAAUGGAAGUGGAAUCAAUCAUGCAGCAGCAGCAUCACUUGGGAGCAUUUCAACUCUCCAGUGUAUCACCAAUGCGAAAAACCUUUUGUCAGAAGAGUGAGAAGUUGUUGCUGCGUCAGCCUUCGACGGAGGAUUGCCCUCAAACUUGCUCUACUGGAGCAAAAGCUGGAUCUUCAAUCCGUUUGGACACUCGAUUAUCCGAUUUGAAGGCGGAUGUUUUGGAAGAAUCGGACAUUCUACUUACGAGCUAUGUUAAUGACCCAGUCUUCUCAUCUCAUGACAAGUAGAAUGUCUGAUAUGUUAAUUAGAAAUAGAAAGCUAGCUUUUGAUUCUGGUGUUUUUUUGUAUGGCUACCUUUUAGCAUGUAUGUGUUGGAUGCUAAAGCUAUUUUUUUGUUGAGAAGCCUAGAUAUAAUUUAUGGUAUGA